AUCAAAACAUUGUAAAUGAUGGCUGCGGACACAGCUGAUGGAUUUCUUGGUGCAUUUCUCCGUCCCCUUAUGGGCGAUCUGCAAGCAGAGGAGAUCCAGCGACGAGUCAGUUACAAAGAGCAAAAACUAAGGGACUUGUUGAAUUCAAUAGAGCCUCAUGUUAUGCACGCACAGAGCAUUUUAGUCUGGGAGAAACCAGGUCAAUCGGCUGUCAUGUUAUUGGGAGUAAACGUUGUAUUUUGGUUGGCUACAACAACAUGCAUCCGUGCUUUCUGCCUUCUUGCAAUCACUGCAAUGUUGUUUUUCCUCUUGGAUACUUGGCAAAAUCAUAUAUGGCCAGAAAUAAAAGCCCCACCAUCCCCAGGAGAAGAUACUGACAGCUGGGUUUCCGUACAGCCUCACUUAAUGAGCGUGCCUGAGAUCAGUCGCUACGCAGCGGAAAUGUGGGUGACAGCAUCAGUUUAUUCUCAUCUGCUGUGGAAUAUGAGAAAAAGGCAUCCAGGAAAGUUUUGUAUUCUGAUAUGUACUGGGAGUUUCUGUUUGGCUGGCAUAGGGCACUAUAUCCCAGGGAUAAUGAUAUCUUAUAUAAUAGUGAUGAGCAUUUUGCUUUGGCCAUGUGUGGUUUACCAUAACUUGCUACAAAAAUUCUAUAUACACAUUGAGCCGAUGAUGAUGAAGAUGGAAUAUAAAUUGAAAAUUAGGAGGAGAAAAACUCGGAAAAGUCGUACAAAAUCGCCUGUUGAUCCCUCAAAGGAUCGAGCAGAGACGGACAGUGACAGUGAUAUAGAUGCUUUUACGCCAACCACUGAUCCAGAAAUAACAGCAGCACUCGCCAGGGCUAUCACAGACAGUGAGGAUGAGACGUCUUCGCCGUCAGUUCUCACUCCGAGGCUGUCGCGGGAGCCAUCCUUUGCCAAUAGUGACACAGAUGAGGUAGAAAGAGACAGAACCAUCCACGAGUCUUCACUCUUGCAUGGUUUACAACAGAUGCCUGCAUUUGAUGACAACAGCGUGGACGAGUCUUUGUCAGUCGGGUUACACUUUACCCCUAGAGAUGGCGCUGCUGUGGAUACUAUUGGUGCUGGGCAGACGCAAACCACCGCAGCAGCUGCAGCAGCCAUGACCUUUAUUUCAUCACAUUUCAAUCACGAAGAAUCGGAUGAUGAUGAAAUUGGAGGUUCAAUUGCUCAGGGACUAGUUUUCCCAGAUAUCGACGCCGCAGAUUUAUCGGACCGAUCUUCGCCAGUUGGAGAUGAUGCUCUCAUGGACGAUGGUGACCAUUCACCACAUGAAGCAGACGUCAGUGAGGACGAGGUAGACAGUAAUGUGGAAACUGCAAGUCAUGCUAAGGAGAAGGUCCGCAGCAAACAUGUCGCUCAGUCAGGAUUGGUUGGAAAAGCUGGCGACAUGGUUGGCAGGACUUUCAGCAGUGUUGCGUCCAGUGCUUGGGCGGGACUAAGUCGCCUCGGAGGAACUGUUCUUGAUGCCACGACUGGUUCGAAGGGAACAAAAGCGAAGCCUGCAGAGGCCAUGUCCAGAGAAAGUUCGAAUUCAGAUCUGGGUGACUUUGAAAUUUUAGAUGAGAUGGACUUGGAUAAUUAUGAGGAAGAAAAAAACAAAUAACCUCAUGUUUUAGAUAAUGAGGAUUUUUUUCUCUCAUAAGUCUUUUAUCACUGGAGGAUCCAGGAUUUUGUUAGGGGGAGAGGGAGAUAGAAAUAGAAAAUUAUGCCUCACCUCACUGAGCAGAAAAAUUUUAAAAAAUAACAGACCAUGACAAAUUUCAUUGAUAAUGUAUAGGGCAUGGGGGUGGAAUAAUUAUUUGGUCAUGUCUGGUUUUACUUGGGAAAUUCAUAUUUGAAAGAGGCAGAAGGUGUACCCCAGAUGCUGUGUGUGUGAAUGGGAGGGCCUGGUGGGGGGGAUGUACCAGCUUUGCCUUCACCCCAUGCCCACCCCCCUCUUGUCCCAGUUUUGCAAAAAAAAAUAAUAAUAAUUGAGUCAGUUUCGUGGCUUAGCUGACAAUGAUGUCCAUGAGAGUGCUGUAACACCUUUUCUGAUAGGGUAA